AUGAUAUAUUUAAUAUUGUUUAUAUUUUUGAUCUUAAUAAAAAAUAAUGCGAUUGAAGCAAAACAGAAUUUAAAGAAACCAAACAUUUUAACGUUUAUAAAUUUUUCAAAUACAAAUUUAUUAGAAAAACAAAAAAAACGAAUAAAAGAAAAGUUUAAUACUCAAAAUAAUAAAUGGAAUUUAUUAACAAAUGAUGAAAUAUUAAAUAAAAAUAUAGGUGUAAAUGAAAUAAAUGAUGUAAAAAAUUUUUCAGGAAAUUUAGAUAAAACCAAAGUUAAUAUAAACAAUGUUACAAAAAUAUAUCAAGAGGAAAAAAGUAAGGUCAGACAAAAUGUGAUGGAAAAAAUGGUGGAAAAAAUAUUAAAAAAAAAAAAAUAUAAAAAAUUGGAAAAGUUAUUAUGUUGUAAUAAUAGUAUUAAAGAUAUGAAAAAAAAUAUAAAAUUAUAUUUUUUUAAAAAAAGAAUAAUAUAUUUAACAGAUGAAAUAAAUAAAAAAACAUCAGAUGAGCUUAUUAAACAAUUGUUAUAUUUAGAUAAUAUAAAUCAUAAUGAUAUAAAAAUAUAUAUCAAUUCCCCUGGCGGUUCAAUAAAUGAGGGAUUAGCAAUUUUAGAUAUUUUUAAUUAUAUAAAAUCAGAUAUACAAACAAUAUCAUUUGGUUUAGUAGCCUCAAUGGCUUCUGUAAUUUUAGCGAGUGGGAAAAAAGGAAAAAGAAAAUCAUUUCCAAAUUGUCGAAUUAUGAUACAUCAACCACUUGGGAAUGCAUAUGGCCAUCCUCAUGAUAUUGAAAUACAAACAAAAGAAAUCCUUUAUCUUAAAAAACUUUUAUAUUAUUAUUUAUCAAAAUUUACAAAUAAAAAUGAAGAAACAAUUGAAAAACAUUCAGACAGGGAUUAUUAUAUGAAUGCAUACGAAGCAAAAGAAUAUGGAAUUGUUGAUGAAGUUGUUGAAACUAAAUUAACACAUCCUUAUUUUAUUGGCCUAAUCAAGAAUUGA